GCCUCGAUUUCUCCGAGCCUCUGCCCAGCCUGGUGAGCCACACAGGCCAGCGCUCUGACAUGCAGGAGGCCGCCCUGAGCUUGCUCGUCCUCCUGGCAGGCCUGCCUGCCCUGGAUGCCAAUGACCCAGAAGAUAAAAACAGUCCUUUCUACUAUGACUGGCACAGACUCCGGGUCGGUGGGCUCAUCUGUGCGGGGGUUCUGUGCGCCAUCGGAAUCAUUGUCCUCAUGAGCGGGAAAUGCAAAUGCAAGUUCAGGCAGAAGCCCAGUCACCGUUCAGGAGAUGCUCCGCCUCUCAUCACUCCAGGCUCAGCCCAUAACUGCUGAGGAUGGACCAGCCAGAAGAGCAUGGAUGGCCUUUCUCUGUUCCCAGGUCCCAGCUCUGCACAGGAGCCUGAGAUCCAGAGUGAAAUUCUCCCUCCUUUCCUCAGACUAUCUUGCCAGGGACUCAUCUCACCUCUCACAGGAGGGUCUGUUUAUUCAUUUUUUAAAUCUAAAAUGAUCUUGCCUCUGGCCCAAGCAACGUCUUGACUCCCUGUGUAUGCAGGUUUGGGGCUGGGAGCAGGCAGAACCUCUCUGUUGGGAAGAUCCCUCCAGGCUUGGUGGAUGGUGUGGGGUCUGCCUUCUGCCUCCAUGGCUGUGGGAGCCUCAUGUGCAAUUUAAGUUUUUUUAGCAGGCAAACGUAGGGCGCUUUUGACAGUAAAAGAG